AAAAAAUGGAGCGGGCUUUACUUUUUUUCCUUGGUCAUCUCCCCUCAGGUUUGUUUCUAAUUUCUUUUUUUUUUUCUUUUUUUCUUUUCUUUUUCUUUUUUGUCAUUACUUUUUUUUUUCUCUUUUAAUUUAUUAAACAUGAAAGUGUUUACAUUAUCCACCAUCGCUGCUGCUUUCUUUGCUAUUUCUAAUGCAGCUAUUACAAGGGUCCCUAUCAAAAAGGUCCAAGAAACCCCUGCCGAAUCCCUUGAAAGAUAUUCCCACACUGGUCAAUAUUUGACUCAAAAAUACUUUGGUUCUAACCGUGCUUAUGACUUGAAUGCCAAGACUUUCCAAGUGGGUCCUGAUGGUGGUGUUGAACAUGGUGUGCCCAUUUCCAACUAUAUGAAUGCUCAGUACUAUGGUGAAAUUGAAAUUGGAACUCCUCCCCAACCUUUCACUGUUGUUUUUGAUACCGGUUCUUCUAACCUUUGGGUACCUUCUACUCAUUGUACCUCUAUUGCAUGUUAUUUACAUCGUCGAUAUGAUUCUAGUCAAUCAAGCUCUUUCAAGGAAAAUGGAACUGAAUUUUCUAUUCAAUAUGGUACUGGUUCUUUGGAAGGAUUCAUUAGUCAAGACACUUUACAUUUUGGCGGUCUUACUAUCAAAGAUCAAGGAUUUGCUGAAUCAGUCAAGGAACCUGGAUUCACUUUCGCUUUGGCUCGAUUUGAUGGUAUUCUUGGAUUGGGUUAUGAUACUAUUUCAGUACAACGUGUGGUGCCACCUUUCUAUCAAAUGGUAAAUCAAGCAUUACUCGAUGAACACGUAUUUUCUUUCUGGCUCAAUGAUCAAAAUGGUGAUGAUGCCGAAGGACAAGGUGGUGAAUUAGUGUUGGGUGGUACGGAUCCUGAUCAUUACAAAGGUGAUAUCGCUUGGUUGCCUAUCAAGCGUAAAGGUUACUGGGAAGUCAAGCUAGAUGACAUCAAAUUGGGCGGUGAAUAUGCCGAUUUGGAGCCCGUUGGUGCUGCUAUCGAUACUGGUUCUUCUUUGUUAGUGGCUCCUACUACCAUUGCUGAAUUGAUCAAUAAGGAAUUGGGUGCUGAAAAGAAUUGGGCUGGACAAUAUACUUUGGACUGUGCAAAGGUACCUGAUCUUCCUGAAUUUUGCUUUGUCUUUGAUGGCAACGAUUUCUGUUUGGAAGGAAAGGAUUAUAUCUUGCAAGUACAAGAUCAAUGUAUUUCUGGAUUCAUGGGUAUGGAUAUCCCUGCUCCUGCUGGCCCUAUGUGGAUUGUUGGAGAUGUCUUCCUUCGCAAGUAUUACAGUGUCUAUGAUUUGGGCAAUGAUCGUGUUGGUUUGGCGGAAUCCAAGUAGAAUAUAGAAUCAUAUAGUCUAUCCCCUCCCCUUUUUUUUAGUUUGUACUUUUUUUUUUACGCUUUGUUUGCUUCUGUUUGUGAUGACAAAAGUGAAUGGCGUUUGGUCUGUAUUCUUCUUUUAUAUGUAGUCAUUGAUUUACAAAAUAUAAUAAAAAAAAUGAAAAUAUAACCUACAAAAUAUAUGUGUAAAAAACUAAUAAAGUACAUCAUGAAUACAUCAGAAGAAAA